GGCAGCUACCUUGCAACGUCGCCCAUCGGCUUAAACCGUCGUGCCGAGCUCGCACCGCGGCGCGCCAACCACCCUGUAAAACGUCCGGCGCCGCUACCGCCCGCGGUCCACUCGCCCACCUCCCAUCGCGAACGCAAGGAACGCGCGUGCGCGCGGGCGGUGGCACGCACGGCAUGGGCAACUGCCAGGCGGCGGAGGCGGCGACGGUGCUGAUCCAGCACCCGGGCGGCGGCCGCACGGAGCGCGCCUACUGGGCGCUGUCCGCCGCCGCCGUCAUGGCGGCCAACCCGGGCCACUACGUCGCGGCCGUCAUCACCACGCAGCCCGCCGCGGGCGCCUCCACCGGCGCCGCGCCCGUGAAGCACCUCAAGCUGCUCCGCCCCGACGACACGCUCCUCCUCGGCCGCGUCUACCGCCUCGUCAGCUUCGAAGAGGUGCUGAGCGAGUUCGCGUCGAAGCGGCAGGUCAAGUUGAGCCGCGUCACGAUCAAGGCCAAGGACGAAGGCGAGGAGGUGAAGCCGCCCAAGUUUCGCCGCCGGCGUGGCAGCAGCAGCCGCGGCGGCGAGCGUAAGGAAUCCGACUGGUCACUGGCUAAGGUCAUGCGCCAGACGGAAGAGGAUGCGGAGCCGGCCCCGUCCUCCGGUCCCAGCGACAAAGACGGCCAUGCCGCCGACGACUCGUCCGACCUCGACCGCGACCUGGAGGCGCUGCUGCCGCAGGGGUUGGUGCUCGGCCGGCGCGUCGCCCGGCAAUGGAGGCCCGCGCUGCAGAGCAUCGCCGAAGGGUGAGCUUGCCAUUCCAAGCUCAAGCGUUCGGUUCCGGUCGGUGAGCAGCCGAGGACAGUGCAAGUCAACGCAGGCGGCAGCAGCAGCUACUUCUCUGCAAGUUGCAGCUUGCAAGGCUGACAGCGUAUUGUAAAAUAAGUUUGUGCCCUGUGUGGAUACCUUCCAGAUGCUUAGUGGUUGGUAGAUUAGUAGCAGUGACAUGGAUUGUAAGGUGGCAGAUCAGUAUAUACAGUAUGCAUGGACUGUGGACGCUGUGGUUUGAUUU